AUGGCGACGCCACGGGAGAAAGAAGCUGCCGCCUAUCUCGAAAAACAUAAAAUUCCUGAGCUUAUGGAUAAUUUAACAAGUUUGCUCUUUUUCCAUAGACCAGAAAAUCCACGUGAGUUUCUGAUCACGCAGCUUGAGAUGCUGAGAACGUCCAAACUGCAACAAGUGGACUGUCCCUGUCUUUUCAACGAAUCCAAUUUAGACGCCGUUUUCGGGAUACUGGAUCCAGUUAAUCAAGGAUACAUCAGUCUGGGUCAGUACAAGGAGGCACUUAUCACUUUGGGAAUCAAGGAUUUCGAUGAGUGUCCCGAAGGUGCAGAGUCUAACCGAAUAUCUAAGGACACGUUUAAGAAGCAUGCGAAGGACGGGCUGCUGAAGAGCUCGGCGACAUUUUAA